GAAAGGUAGGCAACUUCAGUCUUUCGUUUUGGGCUGGAGCAAGUCAAGCUGUUUAUCUUCAGUUAAAGGAAUGAAAUUAGGUGGGAGCUUUUUGCUGUAGCAGCACAUUAGAGUCCAGGACAGACAACAAAUUAAGAUUCAAGCACCAUUUAAGGACCAAUGUACCCAAUAGCUCAUGGAAGAAAAAAAUCACAUCAGGACAUCCUUGGUUUCCAGGCUGCCAAAAUAUGGAACGAAAACUGUAGGAAAUGUAUUGCAGCCUAUGCCAAAUGGGACGGCUGUUAGUUUAGGAGGGAACAAUGGUGGCAGAAAUUUUGGCAAGCACAAUGGCACCGUUCGCAUGUCUUCCUUUUCUUUCAACUGGAAAAAAUCAAAUAAAUAUCCACUUCAUGAUCAAAAUGGGAGUGACAUCAACCCUAAACAUAACUGUAAUGAAAAAUUAAUUGAUUCUGAGAAGUAUUCUCAGUCUCAAGGAGCAUUGGAUAAUGACGUGCUCAGGGUGGGUUUGAACAGUACUGCUUUGGUUGCGUCAAAAGCAGCAAAGCAAGCCAGUAUGUUUGUAUCUUCUACUGAGGAAUUAAACCCAAAGUCUUCACCUGGACUCACUAGUUCAGCAAAAUUCACCAAAGGUACUCUGUCGGGAAGGACCUCAUAUUCCGGACUCAGUGCUCCAAAAUCACAUUUAAAUGGAUUUUAUGGAAAUAGACCGGUGGUAGGUUUGCAGAGACCUAGAGCUAAUUCCAGUGCUACAAGGACAAGUUCAGGAGAAAGCCUGGCACAACCUGCAGACAAUAGCAAGGCUUUUUCCUGUGAAAAAAUGGUAAGAUCACAAAGUUUUUCACAUUCCGUUCAGAAUUCUUUCCUUCCCACUGCAUCUUUAACCAGGUCGCAUUCCUUUAAUAAAGCUGUGGAUCUUACAAGGCCUUAUCAUUGUCAAAAUCUAGCUGCCAGGACAUCUCAGAGGUCUACUUUGUUGUCAAGAAAUGCACGUCAGUUGGAUGUACCCAAUGGAAAUGAACCUAUGAAGUAUGGAUUUGCCAGGCCCUACUCUGGUAUGUCAUCAUCUUGUUCAAAGAAGCCCCCACUGUCAAAUGGAUCUGGGUCAACACCUUCUUUUGGAUACAGAUUAAGCCGGCCUUCUCUGCUGAAGCCUGCCAGGCAGCAAUUUGCUGGAAAUACCAUUGUGGAUAGCAGCAAAAGUACAACUCCUGACACGUACAUUGUGGAAAACUCUGAAAUUUCAACGAAUAUUAAUAGAGCAAUUGAAAAAAGCAGUAUUAUAGAGAGCAGCGCUCAAAGAACAGAAUCUGAUGAGGGCCUGCAUGAAAGUAUGGGAAAACAUGGGUCAAAAGUCAUGUGUAUGAGUGAUGAUGGAGAUGAAAUAUCUAUAUCUUCUUUGUCAUCCUCUGAAAAAAAUGAUUUGAGCGAAGACUUCAGUGAUGAUUUCAUAGAUAUAGAAGACCCAAAGAGAACUCUACAAAUUCCGCAGAAGGAGAGCUGCCUGCAAGAGUUAGAGCAUAGAAGCAUAACGUCCAUUGAGCCGUUCACUUCUCUCAAGGAAAGUGGAGGAUCUUGCUGUAAUACUGAUGACUGGCUUGAUAUAAACAUGUCUGCAGUGGAUGACAACAGUGAAAGCACAAAGCGUACUGCUGAGAGUGUGAUCUCACCAGAGAUGAAUUACAGAGCUGGGUCCUCGUUUGAGCUGUCUCCAUCUGACAGCUCUGAUGGCACAUACAUGUGGGAUGAAGAAGGGUUGGAACCUAUCGGAAGUGUUCAUCCAUGUGGAAGUUAUGAAUCUUCAGAAAUGAACAGCAUAGACAUCUUGAAUAAUCUUGAUUCGUGUGAUCUUGAGGAUGAUGAUCUCAUGCUUGAUGUGGACCUGCCCGAGGACCCACCUCAUGACAAAGAGGAAUGUGAAAAUAUGAGCCGUUAUGAUAGACCAGACAGAAGUGCUAGGCAACAUCAGGAAGGGUUCUGGAAAAGAGCACCACAACAGCGAUGGAAUACACAGGAUCACUGUCAUCUUGCCCAUACUGAUCACUACAUCCAUGGUAAAAAUGAUUUGAACAGGGGAUCAAACUACCUGGAAUCUCCUGUUGGUCACUUUGAAAGCUAUGGAGCACCAAACUAUUACCAAGCUCCUAGGCAGCUGGUGGGCUUACCGGAGAAUACUGUGAUGCUUGAUGAAAUCACACUUAGGCACAUGGUCCAAGACUGCACAGCUGUAAAAACUCAGUUAUUGAAACUGAAGAGAUUAUUGCACCAGAAUGAUGAAAAUGUGUCACUCCAGGACAUUGCACUAUCAAUUCCAUCAAGUCCAGAACCACAAGAACCUGAGUCAACUUUUAAGAUGGAGGAUCUGCUGAAUGAGAUCAGGCAGCUUAAAGAUGAACUGAAGAAAAAGGAUGAAACAAUCAACCAAUUAGAGCAUCAACUUGCCACUAGGUGUAACUGCCAGAAAGACAGUGAAAAACCUGCGGGGGCAACAUGUAUGUCUGCUGAUAAAUUUACGCAAACCUCCUGGAGGAGGAGUUCUCCUCAAGUACUACAGCCUUCCAGCAGCCUUCCCAGUUCCACAGACCUCGCCCAGGGAAAACUAAUAAAAAUGCUACAUAUCGAGGCCCACAGCGAAUAUCCUAAACAUGAUCUGCAUGAAAAUAGCAAUCAUCAGAAUCAAAAUGCUGCAAAUAUCUCUCUCAUAAAUAGCCUGAAUGAUGUAAACUCUGUAAUGAACAUACAGUUAAACAUAAAAGAUGAGAAUGCGUCAUAUUUGGAAACUUUGAAAAAUGAAAACACUGAAGAACCUGGAGAGGUGGCUGGUAAUAAAGAAGGUACGCUACCAUCUCGUCCCUGUUUUCAGACCUCUGCACAAGCUGAUGCUAGAGAGGUGCAGACUGAAUUAGCUGCGAAAUGUCAACCCUCAUUCACAAACAAGACUUCUUGGCCAAAGACUUCAAGAAUUGCAAAGCCCCCAAAUGCUUUAGUGCCUCCAACGAUGGCCAUUCUCACACGAUCUGCAAAUCAUUCCGCUGCUUCCAAGGAACGUGAGCUUCUACCACCGAGUAGUUUGACUCGGCUACAGCCAACAUCUGGUCAAGAUAACCUAAAGGGUAAACAGAGUCAGAAAGCAUCUAAACUUCGCCCACCAACUAUGUCCUUUGUUAAAUCUAAGCAAAUGAGCAGUCAGAAGUCCACGUCGGUAUCUGCACAGCCUCAAAACACCAAUUUGAAGACUAACAUCCCAAAGCCACCGGUACAGAGAAAGGAAAACGGGCAAACACAGAAUACUAGUUUGCAUUCUGGGGAUAGUUUGCCCUCUGAUCGGCGUUCCCGCCUCCCUAAACCAAAGACACAUAGAGAACAUAGCUACAUCUCCUUGAAUGAUGCCAUGCAUUGAACCGCUUCCCAUGUAUUGACUGCCUAUCUACAGCCUGCAAGUCCUGAGUGAAUAUUAAGGAUAGCAUCUUUCUUGAGUGCUUGCGUACUCCAUCCUGUUAUGCUCUGAGGCUCAUCUUGUGAGCUGUGCAGCUUCUCUUGAGUGUGUUUUAUUAUAUUGUAGGUCUGUAUUAAAGAUUGUAUUGACCAGUGAUAUUAGUAAUUAGGCGAAUACUGAAGUCUGUGGUGACCACAAAUACCAGAAUGCUGCACUAUAUAUUUCAGGAUGUCAGAAAUUCUUACCUCUGUUUGAGUUAUUAGACAAUGGAAUUACUAUUCAGUUUAACUUCUUGGUUCUGAGUACUCAUUAGGUUAGAGCAGUGGAAAGUUAGACUUGCUAGCAGAUGUUUUAUUGGCCAUAAUUCUGACUCUGUAUUCCAGAGGCCUAUGCAAAAAUCCUUGUAUUUAUAAUUAUCUCAAGACUGACAUAUUUAAUGUUAUUUAAUCUGGUGGGUUGGGUGGGUUGUGUUGUUUUGUUUUACUGUAAUCUGAAGUUGCUCUGUUCUUUAUUUAUCCCAUUUUCACUGUUCACAGAAAAUAAGCAACUUUCAUAGGGUGAAAUGAAUCUUCUCUCUUAAUCAUUUGUUAAAAGACUGUGGUAUGUUUUUAUUGUGUUAAAUAGACACAUAACUGGGUAGAUUCUUGAAAUGCCGUACUAAGGAUACUUGUGCAAAACCUUACGAUACGGGCUCCUGUGAAUUGGUGAGUAGGGAGCCUCCGGGAAUAAGGGGUCCAUAACACCGAUAUUGACAUCGCACAACAUGCAUUUAAAUUAAUAGUUUUAACUUUUAUUGUACUACUUGUAUUUAUUGAUUUCUGCUUUAUAUUGAAAGACUCUGAAGUACCUGACUUGAAAUUUUGCACAAACUUUGCCAUAUGUGUAAGGAUUUGAAACUGUUUUACAGAAUAAAACUUGUAUUUAAAAAGCAACUAUUUAAAAAAGAAAGAAUGAAUUAACUGCAGUUAUUUGCUUUGAGCAAUCCUAGUCGGUCCUAAUCCAGAGCUGGUACUCUUAAGAGCUUUUCAGAGAUGUGUAUUUUGGGUUUGGGUUUUUCGUAAAAUAUUUUUUUGUGUAAUUUCUAAAGAAGUGCAUGAUAACUGGGAAGGAGCUUUCUGGGGAAAUAAAACGAAAAAAAAAAAAAUCUCCUGCUCUCUAGGACAAGUAUUUUUUCUGAAAGUGGUCUGGAAACACAUGGUGCAACUAUGGGACCAUGACACGUGCUGUGGGUUAAAUAUAUGCAUAUCCAGUGCAGCUUUCCAGAAACUUAGUACACCAUCUCUAAUUCUUCCUUUUUUUCCCGUCAGUGUCUCUUGGAUGAUGCUAUUUUCGGGGGUUUUUCUGAUCAAAUUGUUUUUAAAAUCAGCAGUAGAUGGCAAUUACAAUUACUUUGCUCAAAAUCUGUUCCUGAACAGUAUAUAAUGUCAUUAAAAUGAACCACAGGAGUAGUAUGUUUUAGGCUUUGGCUGUAGGACAUAUUUUCUUUGAGAUAAUUAAAAGUGAAUAGUAUAGACAUUUCAUAAACAAGCUCUGUAAUCAGGUUUAUAACAUAAGCCCUGUAAUUAGGGGUAUCUUGAUGGAUACUUUGGUUGGAUGGGAGGAAGAAAAAAUACAAUCAUCUCACCUGAAUUUUUCAAUACAAAGUUCAAGUCCAAAAAAGCUUUUGGAUUUGUUACGCUGUAAGUUCUUUUAACUGACAGUGAAACAGAAAAAUUAAAAGCUUGGAGGAGGAAAUGGGUAGGGGGGGGACGUUGUCUUAGAACUAUCUGUAUGAGUCCAAAACCUGCAGGACUCCUGUUAACUGGGGAGAAGGCAACAUAAGCAAGAUGUAACAGGGGUGACAUCUUUACAGUUGAUACAGGAUCAAAAUAACUGCAAUUUAAGAUUGCUGUAACAGUUAUUCUCCAGGAAAAAAAUCUUUAUUUCCUUGAAAAGUAUUGAUUUAAAUGGCCUUCAGUGUGUAAGCAUUUUCUUUCAAGAAGGUAAAAGUGACUUUUUAUAUUCCCCAAAACGAGCUCCUGGCAGCUAACUGUGUUUCUCAGGAGUUUAAAAGCUACUGAGGAAAUGAUCUGAUUCCUAGUUCAUUUUCUGGUCCAUAUAGAUUUCUAUGGAAAGUGAGGUUUUUUAAGUUUGCUUUCCUUGAACAGAAGCAGAUUUUAUUUUCAGUUGUAUGUGAUAUUGUGUAAAAAGGUGAUUUUUCACUUGAUGCUAUUGACAAAGAUAAUUCACCGUGAGUUCUUUCGCUUCUUAUUCUGGAGGUAUCACAGCCUGAUUUAGUGAUGUUAAAAUGUUAAUGUUUACAUUUAAAAGUAUAGAUAUCUAUCUGUCUGCACCUUUACUGAAAAUAAAGGAACGAAGUGAAGAGAUAAUCAGGGUUUUUAUGAAAAAGAAGAUAGUUAUUAAUUUUUUUUAUAUAAGAACAAAAAUAUAUUUAUUCUGUGGAGGUUUUCUCCUGUGUUAAAGGAGCUUAAGUAGAUUAUAUUCUUUGUUAUAGCAUUUCCCCAUUUUGUUCUGACAGAUUAGUGAGACAUUGAGCUGGAGACAGCAGGAUUUGAUCACGGAUGAGACAGAUGCUAGCCUGAAUUUUGUGUGUAUUCAGCUGCUAACCUCACAUCCCUCUAAAGGCAGCUGCAUCUUUUGGCUCUUCAGACUUUACCAGGGAAGGCUCUGUUGCAUGUAUAGUACGUUCAGAGUAUGAGCAAAGCCCAUCAGUAGAUGGGCAACUGGAAGAGACGUAGUGAGGUGAAGUUGGAAGCUUCACUUCAGUGAAGGAUGGGGACUUGGGGGAGAUGGGUACGAGGGCACUGCGUAGAACUGCAAAUGGGAUUCAGUCAGUAUUUUCACGUGGCGUAUCUACCUUAUGGAAGGUGCAGCUAUAUCAUCAGUACUGGUGCAGAUUAUCCUAAAUGCAUAAAUUAAAGGAUUUGAUAUCUUCAGAGGGUAUUUUGUUUAUUGCCAUUUUUUAUUUUGAUUUCUAAUUCUUUUGUGCAAUAUUCACAAAAGUAUUAAACUACUGUUCAGUGUGUGUGUACAGAGGCAAUUACGUGUUUUAACAAGUGAAUAAACACAAGAGAAAAAAACAGAAUUGCACUUUAAAUGAGCUUAAUUGCUUGGAGUUGUGCCUAAAAUGAUCUAGAUGCCUCCUGCUGUGUGUGGCUUUUGUUUGAAACUAAUUUCCCUGCUAGUGUUGCUGUUUCCAAGGUAUCUUCACAUCACUUUCACAGAAUCGGUAUGCACUCUAGAAUGUUUAAAAAUAUUCAUAUAGUGUGCUUAUAGUUUUGUUGUGCAAUGACUUUGAUUUAACCAUGAAUUCUCACGCGGAUGAUGCAGCCAGGUUGUGACCUUCCCCUUCCUUGUAGCUUGCACUUCUACUGCUUAUCAAGGCCAGUGGCAAAACUUCCCUACAACUAGCAUAGCCCUUAAAAGAAUAACGUUCCCAAUGUAUGUUUUUGUUUGAGAAAAGUGCAAUAUUAUCUCUUAGACUUUCUGAAAUAAUCACAAAAGCACUGUAAGUCCAAAAUGGCCCAGAAUUUUUCAUACGGUCCCCAAAAAAAGUGGGUUCCUCAACUUUACACCUCAUAGCAGUGAGACUAAACAUAGCCACUAGACUGCAUCAUAGAUAAGUAAAAUUAAUUUCAUUCUGGAUCUAAAUGCUGAUUUAUUGUAGCGAUGCUAGAGAACUGAAUACUAUUUGCGUGAUUUACUUUGUUUGCAUGUGACAACCACAUGCACCUUCUAAAGUGUCAUACACGGGCAGGCUGCAUGUUGUGGGGGAAGUAUUUCUGCUUUUACAUAGCACAUAAUCCUCUUAAUAUGAUCAUUUUCUCUCCAUACAAAUGGAAAUCCGUUCUUGAAUUGAGGUUGCUUAGCUAUUCCUUAUCUCGUUAUAGUGGCUUUUUCUGAGCAGAGGGGACAUAAUCCCGGUGGUAGGUCUCAGUACAGUGAUCUUACAGUUACGCUCUCAAGGAAACUCAGUCGCCGCUGUGGUAAAGCUGCUCACUGCCUACAUAAUUGUAGAAGCACCACAAUAAAACCAAUAUAGUUCCAGUGUCAGUGAAACCUUAAAUUCAAUACUAGUUAAAACAAGAGGUACCCUUACUAUCUGCUUCGUUGUUUUUGGUUUUUAACCCAGGCCAGAGUAAAUACUGUAUAUUGGAAUUUGCUUGUAAAGUUGAUUUAAGAACAUGUAUGUAAAAAUUCUUUCCUCAAUGUUGCUCUAGUGAAUAAAAAUAAAAAUCAUAAUUCUAAUAAGUACCUAUUUCUCCUGACUGUUCACUUUGUGUGUGCUUUAAGUCAUUGACUCUGCAGAAU